CCCGGUCCCGGUCCGCAGCCGCCGCCGCCGCCGCAGCCAUGGUGUCGUGGGCGCUCAGCCGGCUGAUCGAGCUGCUCUUCGGGAUGCUCUACCCUGCCUACGCUUCCUACAAGGCCGUGAAGAGCAAAAACAUCCGGGAAUACGUCCGCUGGAUGAUGUACUGGAUCGUCUUUGCGCUCUUCAUGGCCACAGAGACCUUCACCGACCUGCUCAUCUCCUGGUUUCCCUUCUACUACGAGGUGAAGAUGGCCUUUGUCAUCUGGCUGCUGUCCCCGUACACACGGGGGGCCAGCCUGCUCUACCGCAAGUUCGUGCACCCCACCCUGUCCCGCAAGGAGAAGGACAUCGAUGGGUACAUCCUGCGCGCCCGGGAGCGCAGCUAUGAGACCAUGGUGCGCUUCGGCAAGAGGGGCCUCAACCUGGCAGCCACGGCCGCGGUGCAGGCGGCAGCCAAGAGCCAGGGCGCGCUGGCCGGGCGGCUCCGGAGCUUCAGCAUGCAGGACCUGCGCUCGGGGCCCGAGGACACCCCCGUGCACUGCCAGGACCCACUGUACCUGGAGGAGCCCCAGGGCCGCCGGCAGCUGCUGGGUGAGCCAGGAGCAGGCAUCAUCGUGCUGGGGGCUCAAGCAGAGCCCAUUGCGGGGCUGUGCUGGGAGCUAUCGUGUGCCCCCCCCUUGUCCCCAGCCUACAGUGUGACCCCCGGCCCCCGGCAGUACGAGAGUGAGACGGAGGAGGAGGAGAUCUGGUCAGAUUUGGAGGUCGCGUCCUCCCAGCUGGACCCCAGACCCUUGUCUCGCAGCCAGAGCCUGCGUGUGGCCAAGAAGAAGGCACCAGGCAAAGAGGGCUCUUCCCGGCUCUUGCGCAGCAGGAUCAGGAAGAAACCGGCCCUGUCGGAUCAGGAUGACUGAUGGAAACCUCCGCCUGGAGUCUUACCAUGACUUUGCUGCUGCAGCGUCAGGAGGGAGCUGUGGUUUGUGCAAUUCAAGCUCUUGGGAAGGGGCUCCCCCUGCCUUACACUGUAAAUCCCUUCUCUGACCUCUGUGCCUCCGGUUGCUGCUCCCACCGUGCCCAUUCCCAGACUCCGUCCUAUGGACGGGUGCUGGCGCCUCGCCCAUGGGAUCCAGCCCCCACUUUCCUCCCAUCCCAUGAACUCCAUGGGCUCUGCUGGGAUCCCCAUUGCUGCCGUGAUGCCUUACACCCCACAUUCCUUCGGUGGGAGCCAGCAAAGGGAUGUGCCUUGUUCCUUUUGUCCUCUGAAGCCAAAGCCACAGCCCUUGGCUGGGGUAUCCCCACCAGUUACAGGCUGACACCCCCAUACUUGAAACCGGGGCUCCGGUGCUUGACCGAGCCCUGCCGAGCACCACGCAGCUUUUAACGUUCCCACCUCCCAGACAGGGAGUUUUGUACAUGGAAAAUAAACGCUGUUUCUCACUUGA